CUCACCCUCUCUCUCAUUCUCUCCUCUCUGCCCGAUUCCCCUGGUCGCCUCCCCCCAAGCCCGCCGCCGCCAGCCCGAAACCCUAGCUCCCUCCCUCGCGCGCUCAGAUCCGCCCACCCUCCCUCACUCUUCGCGCUCAAAUCCGCCCUCCCUCCCUCACUCUUCGCGCUGGAAACCCUAGCCGCCGGGCCAUGGUGACAGACAGUGACAACGACGACGGUGGCUACCUUGACGACGGCGGUGCGGCCAGCAGCAGAAGCACCACCAUGCCCUCCCUUCCUCCAACCCUAGUGAUCCGGCCAUGUUGGCGGCGGCCAGAUCUGCACCAGGACAGGACCUGCUUGUGCUCGUGAGGAGGGGCACGCCAUGGAGCAGCUCAUCAAGGACAGCCAACACAUUUUUUUCUCUUGGCCGACUUGCUGCUUGCAUACAUGACAGAUAUGCAUCCAUGGUGAAGUUACUAUAUAAGUAUAGGGUCAAGCACUGCCCCGACAUACAUCCUAUUUUGAGUUUUUCCUCAAAGUCCCAUGGCCAUGUUGCUGGUAGAGUUGGAAGCACCGCCCUUGAUUUUGAAAUUGGAGACGGAAGAUGGAUAACAGAGUUCAGUACAGUAAGGAUGCUCUACAAUAUAGGAAUCCAGUGGACAUGUGAAUAAGGGAUGGAGCAGCAACGUUGAUUGGUUGCACGGAGCUACAGUCAACCUGAUGUGGUGUUUUAAUCUCCUUGACAUAGAGAGUAGUUGUGUGUGGUUUCCUUUCGAGUAGCAUAGUUGGAGUUUAGCAUGUGUGUGUAGAGCUGAUGGUCGUGAGGCUAAUUCCGGGAGUAGUACAUGACUGGAAGAGGCCCAGCUAGAUAUGAUACUUUGUGAUGGUUUAAUCUACUUUGUGAUCUCAUAUGCAACACUUUGUGAUACCCUAUGAUAUAUAUAUGGACAUUUGCUACGGUUUGUUUUGUUUC